ACAGGCAAAGAAGAAGCUGAGACAACAAUAGACUAAAACAGAAUAUGAGAGUAUUAUUCUCCAUCGAAUCAGAACUGAAGCACCUACCUUUAUCUUCUUUGUUCUAUGUAUGUUUUUAGCUUCAACUAUGCUUCAUCUUAUAAUUUAUAAAUAGCCUCUGUCAUCGCCCACACGAAUCACCAUGCUGUAACCACUUCAAUUUCUCAGAAAAUGAUGAAUCCUGAUGUGAAAGGUUCAGAUGUGCCCCAUAUUCAGAUUACAAUAACAGCUGAUCAGAACCAUUACCAAAAUUUAAACAGAAAAAUAACGGCAGAUGAAUUUAUGAAGCGUACAGAAUAUGAGGGUUCUUAUGAACUGUACUGGAAUGCACGUAUGGAUAAGUGGUCAGAAGCGCAUGACAUUGUUAAAAAGGAUCCAAAUAGCGUACGCAUUCCAUUGACUGCAAGAGACGACACAGUUCUUCAUGUAGCAGCAGGUGCAGGGAGCUAUACUUUUGUUGAAGAGUUGGCUAAGCUUAUGAAUCCAGAAGAUGUGCUAAGACCAAACUCAGAUCAGAUGCUUCCGGUUCACUUGGCUGCUUUAUCUUCCCAUCACAGAAUAGUUCAACUUCUAUGCUCCCACCAUCUGCUCGACAAAAUGACUUACAAGGAUAUUGAAAAACUGUUUUUUAUGACCAUCAGCAACAACAUGUUUGGUGUGUCAAUGGAAUUGUUUCGACAACGUCCAACUGAACUCGCCAUUGCAAGAGAUGAAGAGAAGCUAACAGCUUUGCAUAUGCUGGCGCGGAAGCCUUCAGAAAUUCUGUUGGAAGACAAUGAUAAAGAAGGAUCAACACCAAAGGGUCUGGCAUUGUUCAUGCUGUUAUGGGUGAAUGUUAGCUUAUUGGAAAAAGAAAAGGUUAUGGUGUUGAUUAAUGAACCCUCAGCGGUGCUGCUUGAUGCAAUAAAAUCAGGAAACAUUGACGCUACGGGAUGGCUUAUUACUCAGAAUCUUAAACUAUUCAUGACUAUAAAGGAUCCCAGUAAUGGACGGAACCUACUGCACUUGCUAGUUCAAUAUCGACAUCCUGAUAAAUCUAUCAAACGUGUACAUGGUAAAAAAGAGCAUUUACUAUUUGCAGUAGACAAUGAUGGAAACAACGUUCUACACUUGGCUGCUCAUCUGCCACUUCAAUUCCAAUCAUUCUCCGGUUUAAGAGCAAGCAAGCAAAUGCUGAAUGAGGUCCAAUGGUUCAAGAGUAUGGAGAGGAGCUUUCCUUCCGAACUAAGCAGAAUGAGAAACAAUAAGGGGAAGAGACCAGUUGAUGUAUUUUAUGAUGAACACAAACAAUUAUCUGAAGAGAUAAAAGGUGCAGCCAAAGUAACAGCCAAGUCUGGGAUGCUUGUGGCUACACUUGAUGCUACAGUAGCAUUUGCAGCUGUUCUCACGGUUCCCGGCGGUGACAAGAACAAGAACAGUGAUUGGUUCAUUGUCUUCAUCUUAACAAAUACAGUCGCAUUGUUCACUUCUUCUGCGUCUAUAUUAUCUUUCUUGUCAAAUUUCACUUCCUCAAGAUUCUCAGAAAGUGAAUUUGUCACCUUACAUCCUGGAUUGAUUUUCGGACCUCCAUUACUAAUCAUCUCGGUUGGUGCUAUGGUUUUGGCUUUUACUGCAGCUUCCUUUCUCAUAUUUGACAUCAAAACCAAGUGGGUUUCUUAUGUAGUGGCUUUAAUGUGGGUCUUUCCAUUAUUUUUUUAUCUUCUCUUCCAAUUUAGCAUCUUCGACUUCAUCUUGCUUAGACGCUAUGGUAUGUCUAAACUUGAGUAACCCGUUACUUGCACACUUACAUUAGGAUAUCAUUAAGUGUUUUAUCAUAGUUUUGUC